GAACAACGGUGAGCAAAAUUUUAGGGAUCGAACUCGUCCAUCGAAAGGGGGAAAUGACGAGAGACGAUUCGAGGUGUUGACAACCACCACCGUCUUUUUUUUUUUGUCCACGAUCUAAAGGGUUCGCGAGAACGGUGGCGCGACACCCGCGCGAACAACGAACUAGAAAUGUGCGAAACGUGAACGGAAUCGUUACGCGCGAGGUCGUCGUUUCCCGUUGCGGGGAUACUUUGUGCUGGGGAAUCGAGCGAACUGGAACGUGGCCAACGAAAGCAAACGUUGCGGGUCAUUUGGAUGGAUAAAUAGAUAGACAGAUUCCCGGGUUUUGAUCGUUGACAUCGAACCAUCGCGAACUAAAUCGCGAUAUCGAACCACCACGUGGCGAAGGAAUCCCAUCCUCCUCUCUCUCUCUCUCUCUCUCUUUCUCACGUCUCCUGUAUCUUCCUUCUCCCCUUCCCAUCCCUUCCUUAUCCCCGACGUCGAAAAUUUGCCCACCGAUCUGGAUGUCUCGAUCGUGGCCACCGAUAACAGAUCUCGUUCGAUCGAAACGAGGAAACGAGGUUGCGCGUCGCGAUCGCGCGAUGCAUCGCUGAGAAACUUUGAGAGUCUCGAUCUCGAUCGAGGGUAUCGCGCGUCUCUGGGACGAUAAGAUGUAAGGGUGAAUCGAAGGGGGAACAGACGACGAAGAAGACGAAGAAAUGACACGGUACGAUAGGAGGCUGUUGUUAAUCUCGAUCCUCGUGAUAGCGUACGUGGUGUUGGCGUCCGAGGCCAAGCAUCGUCCCCACGAGGACACCGCGUACGACGCCAGGCACAGGCACAGGCACAGGCACGAACAAUCCUCCUCCUCCUCCCCCUCCUCGAGCGGGAGGAGGAAUCGUCAUGACCUCGUGGACAGGCGAUCGUCGUCCUGGUCGCAGGAGCUCGACUAUUACGAGGACGACUCGUUCCUCGAUCGGGAGGAUCGUCGGAUGGGCGAGGAGGGGGAGGAGAGGAGGAAGAGGAAAAGGAAGGAGGAGGACGACGAGGACGAGGAGGAGGACGGGGAGGAGGGGGAGGAGGAGGAUGAUUACGAGGCUCGCUCCUAUCACGAGAGAUCCUAUCCUCGGAUCUCGAGGAUCCACGGCCGGAUGUUGGAACCGCCGCGUUACCCGCCCAGGUAUCGCCGAGGCGGUUAUCGCGAGGCGGCCGGCUGGUACCACGAGGAGAACGAGAGGCACAGAGGUUCGGCCCCUCGAUACGGGGAUCGUGCCUACUCGAGGCCGAGAUUCGAAGACAGAGCUCGACGAAAGUUGUUCGGCUACUCGAGGAAUCGCGGCGACUUGGACUAUUACGAGGACGAGCUCGAUUACGACUCGAGUAAACCUAGCCGCGACUACAACGAGGACAUCCUCGAGAAGCACCGAUCCUGGUGGAAAAACGUGGUGGGCAGGAAGCAUAGGAAGCUCGGCGUCUCGAGCCACGGCUGGCGUCCCCACGACGGUCGAAGAAAGAGAUACCGUCAUCCCGAGGACGGUGUGUCGAGGAGGCACGACGACUCGAUUCGAAGGAGAUUCAAUUCCACUGGCCGCUACUCGAAAAUCGAUGGAAAAAGAAUCGGUUAUUUCGGAGACUACGAGUAUCGUAGCGUAGACGAGGUGGACGACGUCGACGACGAUCAGGAAGAGCAGCAACAGGAGGGGGAGGAGGAGGAGGAGGAGGAGGAGGAAGAGGAGGAGGAGGAGGACGAGGAGGACGAUGGCUGGAAGGAGGACGAGGGAUACGUGGACGGGAACGAUAACAACGAGGAUCGAAACGCGAACGAAGAGGAGGACGACGAGGAGGAGGAGCUCGACAAUGACUUUUACAAGAGCGAGAAGAAGAAGAAGAGGAAGAAAUCAACGUUGAAAACUUACGACGAGAUCAUCCGAAAGUUAACGUCCGACGACCCAACCACUCCGAGAUCCGCGAUCAAGAGGGAUUACAGGAACAUCCAGAUGGACAAAUACGCGAGACGCGACGGAUCGUUGGCCAAUUUCCGAUACGAGGCCAAGAAUCUGACCAGGCCGUUGUUUCCUCGAGUAUACGGGAAAAACUCGUCCGGUUAUUACCACCAACCCCCACACGCGACGAACGAAAAUUUACCCGGCUAUCUGUCGACCGGUUCGCUGGUGGAGCGUAAACCGACAAAGAGCGGCGGCGGCGGUGGCACGGUGGAGAACAAUGCCAGGUCGUCGAAGAUGGACGAUACUCAACCGAAGACCAAGAGUCUGGAACAGGAUUACGACGAGUACCUGAACACGUCGGACAACGAGAAGGAAGAGGAAGACGCGAUUAAGACCGGGGGAGUCGAGGAGGACACGGGCACGCAAGCGGAUGUCGCUAAUACGGACUACGCCGAGGAUGAGGACGAGAACGAAGACGAAACCUCAGCCUCGACCACCCUGUCGAGAAUGAUGAGCAGCAGCACGACGACCACCACAACGACCACUACCACCACAACCACCACGGCCAGACCUAUGGUUACGCAGAAUUACGAUUAUCGGGAUCCGAGAGCAUACGAGGGAGGUGGUGGUGGUGGGACAGGAGCGCAGUACAACGGGUACCAAUCGAGAAACGACUAUCCCCCGAUGUCGGCGCACAGCGUUCACAAGUGGCAGACUCUGGGCACUCGAGAAAGCGUCAAAGAAACCAGGAGCAACAUGCAGCAAUAUAAUAAGAACGGGAAGACGGCGGAAAUCCGAGAGGCUCUUCAACACGCGAUCAAGGUAUCGCGGGAGGGGAGCUGCCAGUGGCCACGGCCAAGGGUGAUUCCGGUUCGCGACGUGUACCCGAGCCCGUCGACCACCUACGUCCCGCACUGCGCCAUCUUGCACAGGUGCUCGGAUGACACCGGGUGCUGCAGAUCGGAAGCCCUCACCUGCGUGCCCAAGCAUUCGCAUCGAGUCGAGCUUUCCUUCUACACCACGAAUGUGGGUGGCGGUAGCGUGGUGGAGAAACUGUCUUUCUACAAUCACACGGAAUGCGAGUGUCGAGAGAGGACCGAGUACGACGCGAGCAACGAGAAACCCUUGGAGCACAGAGUCUACAGACACCAUCCGUCCUCCUCGCAACCUCAAAACAUGAGAAGGGCACAGCCGAGAAAACCGUGCCGGUGUCCCUCGGAAUUCACACCGAGGAUCACCGUGGAUGGCGUGUGCCAGUGCAACUGCUACGAGAACCGUCAAAACUGUAUCAAGAUCAGACGAGGGAAAGGUUAUUUCUCUCUCGCCGAUAGAUUGUGUAUACAAAACGAAGAGUGCGCGAUGCCUAGCUGUGAAUUUGGUGAAUACAUGAGGCGACAAGGCAAGUGUCCCCGGAAAAAGGACAAAUUCGACACGAUCGUUAAUCAUUAUACGAACCAUCACCGGUACAGGAGCUAGAGGGAGGUAGGAGGAACGAGAAUAAUCGUGCCAGUGGGAAGAAGAAACCGUGGAGGAAGAGGAGGAACGUGAAAAAUCGCGAGAGCGCGACGAAUAAUCAACGGUGCCAUUUUCCUUUCCGAGUGCCUUUUGCGAAAGACUCGAUAUAUACAUAUGUAUAUGUAAUAAUACUCUUCGAAUCAAUUUACAUAUAUUUCCAUCCCGGAUUUUACCGCUAUUAUAUCGUAUUUUUCUACUAUUAUCGUUAUCGUAAAUCGAGAAGAGGUAUUUUGAUCAAAACGGCUCGAUGAAACGCGAAGAUUCGUCGAGUGGUUCGAGAUUAUCGCAUCCCUUCGUAUUAAUUCUGUCUUCCUUUGAUACUUCGAUCGAAUCGAUGAAAUUUCGUCGAUUCCGAUUCAACGGAUUCAAAUCAUGUUGUGAUUCAUGUCGAAUCUUUCGAUCUUGUAAAUCGUGAAUAAUCGUGAUUUGCUCGGCUACCGCUGAAAACUUGUUACAGAUCUGAGAGAGAGAUGGAAUUAUUCUUGAUAUAAUAAUAGACUCUAUUGUCAUAGGACGACGAGCCUAGUCCGAGAUCCUGUCUCCAUUCUGCGCCAGACGAUUCCCCUCGAGAGUUCGAUGAACUUAUACAGUCAAUCGCCCGUGCGAAGGACACCGACGGUCGUAUACCAAAGCGAGGAAAUAUAGUAAACGCGAGAAGUAAUUGCGCGCAAACUUAACGUAAAUCUCUCGAUAUUCUCCUACGAUUUUAUGUUCACGCGUAAAUGUGCAAGAGAUAUUUGUGUUCAUCGAAGAGCAAAUCGAAAGAAGCGAAAAACGAACGAUACGAACACAUACAGGCGAGAGAUAUAAAUAACUUUUUUUUCCGAUGAACCCACCGUAGGAUCAUCGCCUAUCUGUACAGAUGAUGGAUCUUGCGAGUAUACGAGAUGAGAAUAUUGUAUUUAAGUAUACGAGAAGAGAAAAGAAAAGAAAGGAAGUAAAAAUACGAGUUGUCCGAUGCAUCCUUCGUGAGUGUUUCGUAUCGUAUUCUCCUAAUCGUGUUUUCUACGCUUUAUUAUCGUAGUAUGUACUUAUGUACUUACGUAUCUAGUAGCCAACUUAAUCGUGAAACCGAUUUGACAGCUUGCCCAGCAUUUACGAGCCAAUCGAAACAUCGUGUACAAUUGUGUAUAGAUCUAUGUUUUAAGAUUUUACUUGCAUUGAUUUUUCAUUUUCGAUACUUUUAUGCACGUUCAUUUUCAUAUUAUGCGAAAUAUAAAACAAAUACAAAUUCGUUGUAACGGAUGACGUUCAAUCAUGUCAUUUUCCGCGCAAUCAGCAAUUUUUUUAAUUUUGAUCUAUGAUCCAAUGUAUGUACGUGAUAAGUCAAAGGCGUUCUUUCAUUUUUUUCUGCCUAAUUUUCUACUAUCAAUCGUGAAAAUGUAUAGAACGCCGUUUAACAUUCAGCUUGCUGUUGUACUCGCUACCAAUUCUAGCCAAUAUACAUAUAUGUAUACAUAUAUAAAUAUAGACGUAGUCAAUAAAUCAAUAAAGUUGUAUAAAAAGAUUCAUGAAUAUAUAUA